CCGCAACAAGCAAGGCAGCCAGCCAUUGAACGCUGGGAAUAAUAGAUACGGUCGCUUUGCAGUCGGUGCCAAAGGAAAAGAUUUCGUUCCAUGCGCGAUAUUUAAAACUGUACUCCGCAGUAUCCGUUUAUUAAAGCCGUCGAAGUCACCUCCAAUGGACUCUUCUGUUGCAAGGGGGGUUAAGAAGUCACGAAUAAUUCCGAUCUAGCUACCUAACUAGCUGUCUCUGCUGAUCAGGAGCCGGAUAGCUGGCUAACUGUACCAAGGCAUCGGACAUUAAUCGCGCUGGCAACUGCAUUAGCCACACCGAGUGCAUAUUGGACAUGUAGCUAGCGUUAGCCAGCUAGCUGCUCUUUUGACCACAGUAAGUGGCAACACCAUCAGCUACUAACUAUGUUAUUAUACCUACCUCUCUGACUCCGUGAGAAGGGUAAGAGCGUCAGAAAGAGACUGUCUAGCUAGCUUAUCUGACAUCCAGUCAGUAUCACGUAAAAAGCAGCCUCUGGUCUGGUAUCUGCUGUCGCUCGGUGGUAUUGGUCUUGGCUAACGUUAAAUCUCAAACGCAGCCACUGGUCAAAGAUUAGCCAGGUCGGUAUCUAGAAUAACUAGCUAUCUAGUUAUCCUUGUUAGCGUCAUUGACAAGGAGAGUAUUCGCUCGGAAAGGUGGGUUUUAUUACCACAGAUAGCUAGCUGGACAGACUUGUUAGUUAACCUAACAUUUUCUGACUAGUAGCCGUAGUGGGGGUAAGAUUAGUUUUUAGUCUACCGCAUUUUACGGAGGCUGAGGCUGUACCCGCUGUGCUAUGUACCGAUCGUGACCCAGUUUGGCCUAGCCCGUCAUUCGACUACAGCUACUACACCUAGCCAAGAUACAACCAGCGGCGCUGCCUCGGAAUCUCAUCCGACUUUCGUCGACUUGGUUCUGGGGCUGGGCCGCUCGCCGCCCCUGGAAUCAGGGGAAUCAGGGCCCUUCUCUCGGCUUGGCCGGAUCGUGUGAUACGCGGAUAACGAGACGGAGGGGAAAGGGGCUACCCCAGUUCGCAGCCCGGCGGACCGUGCGUUCACAGCUCUGAUGUCCCUCUCACUUUGACUGGACCGCAAUCAUGAUGCCGAUGAUCUUGACGGUGUACCUGAGUGGCAGCGAGCAGACGCUGACUGAGGUGCCCAUCACCCCGGAGACACGUUGCCGAGAUGUGGUGGACUUCUGCAAGGAGCCCGGAGAGAGUGGCUGCCACCUGGCCGAAGUCUGGAGGGGAAAUGAGAGGGCCAUCCCCCUGGACCACAUGAUGUACGACCACCUGCAGAAGUGGGGCCCCCGGAAACAGGAAGUGAAGUUCUUCCUCCGCCAUGAGGAGUCCCCUGCUGAGAGCAGCGACCAGGGCAGCCAGCAGCCUCAGGAGCAGGCCAGAAGGAAGAACGGAGGGAGCACGGAAAAGACCAAUGAGAACGGGGUGGGCAGCCCGCGUGUGGAGCUUACUCUGUUGGAGCUGCAGGACAUGGCCUCCCGACAGCAGCAGCAGAUUGAGGCCCAGCAGCAGAUGCUGGUUGCUAAGGAACAGAGGCUGCGCUACCUGAAGCAACAGGAGAAGAAGCAGCAGCACAGUGAGUCAGAGAGCGAGAAACUGCAGAGGCUGAAGGAGCGGGUGGAGAGCCAGGAGGCCAAGCUGAAGAAGAUCCGUGCCAUGCGGGGCCAGGCAGACUACGGCAAGGUCAUCAACGGCAGCCUGUCGGUGGAGAUGGAGCACAUUAACAGCGUGUUCCAGGAGAAGCAGCAGGAGCUGCAGAUGGCAGUGCUCAAGGUGGACCAGCUGACUGCGCAGCUGGACGACCUGCGCAGAGGCAAGCUGACGCUGGCUGGGCAGGUGACUGGCACAGCUGCACUGGAGCUGCGCAAACUCUACCAGGAGCUGCAGAUCCGCAACAAGCUGAACCAGGAGCAGAACAGCAAGCUGCAGCAGCACAAGGAGCUGCUGAACAGGCGCAACACGGAGGUGACCCUGAUGGACAGGCGCAUCGCAGAACUGCGGGAGCGCCUCCACAAGAAGAAGGCUGAGUUGAACAGGAUCAAUGGGCCCCCCUCUCCGCAGCCAGGCCCAGGGGGGUCGGGCCGUGUGGCCGCUGUGGGACCCUACAUCCAGGUGCCCGUGCCCACCAGACAGGACGUCCCACCCGAACCCCUGAAACCACAGUCACUCAGCGUUUCUGCUCCAGUCAACCACAGCCAUCCCAAACCAGAGGCGGAGGGGCGUGGCGUGAGAAAGCCCCCCAGCACGUGGAAGGUCUCAGAUUUAGACAUCAUAGUGGACCCCCUGUUGCCGUCACCUCCCAGGGCGCCCUCAGGGUCCGACGGAGUGUCCUCCGGCGAUGGUGACUGGCCUGCCCUUAGCAACGGCUCCCCCUCGCUGAAGCCCCUUGACAGGAAGGAGUCAAACACAGACAGUGCCAGCAAGAUGGGACCCCCAGCACCCCCAACUGUGACCCCUGCUGAAAAGGGCCCAGACUCCAGCAGGGCAGCGGGAUCGGCACCCGCCUUGCCGAAGCCACCGCCCCCGCCGUAUGGCACCUACCCGGGCAUGGGCGUCCCGUCGUCGGCCGGCUCUGCCAGCCCUAUGGAGCGCCGCCGGGACAGCCUGCCCCGCCCCGCCGCCCCCGGCCCCGCCCCCAUCGCACCCAACCCGGCCUGGCAGAGGGCGCCUCCCCCCACCGGCUCCUCCUCCCAGCAAAUCCAGCAGCGCAUCUCUGUCCCGCCGAGCCCCACCUUCCAGCCCACCUCGCCCCUCUUCCCCCCUGCGGGCGAGAGGCCCGACCCCCCACUGGCUGUGGCCGUGCGCCCCUUCGUCCCGGACAAGGGCUCCCGGCCGCAGUCGCCCAGGAAGGGCCCCCCAAGCAUGAACUCCAGCUCCAUCUACCACAUGUACCUGCAGCAGGCCGCACCCAAGACACACCCCCUCAACAGCAAGCCCGCCGUCAAAGCAGUGUAUGGGAAGCCGGUGCUGCCCUCCACAUCCAACACCUCCCCACUCUCCUUCAUGCAAGGGGCGCCAGGCCCUGGGGCACAGGGGGGCGGGGAGGAGGUGGUGGACAGGGAGGGGGAGGUGGAGGGCCCGGGGGCGGGGCCCGGGGAGGGCGUCCCCACGAGCGUGGAGAACAUCCCGCGGCCGCUGAGCCCCACCAAGCUGACCCCGGUGGCGCACUCCCCACUGCGCUACCAGAGCGACGCCGACCUGGAGGCCCUGCGCAGGAAGCUGGCCAACGCGCCCCGCCCGCUGAAGAAGCGCAGCUCCAUCACGGAGCCCGAGGGCCCCAGCGGGCCAAACAUCCAGAAGCUGCUGUAUCAGCGCUUCAACACCCUGGCGGGGGGCAUGGAGGGCGCGCCCGGUGCCCCCUUCUACCAGCCUGCCAACCCCCCCGAGUACGUCGGCCCCGCCCCUGGCCCCGCUCCCGCCGAUGUGGACAACGGCAACGCCACCAACGGGAACCCUCCCCCCACGGCGGUGCCCCUGGAGCUGGCUGGCCCCACCCUGCCGCCGCCGGCCCCCGCGUCCUCCUCGGACACCAACGACAACCAGCUGCCCCCUCCGCCCCCCCAGGAGGCCACCUUGGCUGCACCGUCCGCCCCGCCCCCGGACACCUCAGAGGACAGCAACAACAACAACGCAGCCGCUUCCGUCACCUCCGACGCUCUGCCCAGCCCCAUCCCCGAGGAGGCGGGCACGCCCCCCCAGACCGCCACACCCCCCUCUCAGCAGCCGGUGAGUCGGGACACCUGUGGAGAGGCCCCAGCAGAUCCCCAGCACUGCAGCCUGAGUGCUUUCCUCACCGUUUCCCUGGCUAAUUCUCUGCCACAGGAGAAGCGCAGUAACCUGAAGAAGCCGGACUCGGAGCGCACCGGACACGGGCUCAGGGUGAAGUUCAACCCCCUGGCCCUGCUGCUGGACGCCUCCCUGGAGGGAGAGUUCGACCUGGUGCAGAGGAUCAUCUAUGAGGUGGAGAACCCCAGCAAGCCAAAUGACGAAGGCAUCACCCCAUUGCACAACGCCGUCUGCGCCGGCCACCACCACAUCGUCAAGUUCCUACUGGACUUCGGGGUCAACGUCAAUGCUGCUGACAGCGAUGGCUGGACGCCCCUGCACUGUGCCGCUUCCUGCAACAGCGUGCACCUGUGCAAGCUCCUGGUGGAGUCUGGAGCCGCCAUCUUCGCCACCACCAUCAGCGACGUGGAGACAGCGGCAGACAAGUGUGAGGAGAUGGAGGAAGGCUAUGCCCAGUGCUCGCAGUUCCUGCACGGCGUGCAGGAGAAGCUGGGCGUGAUGAAUAAAGGGGCGGUGUACGCGCUGUGGGAGUACGAGGCGCAGAGCGCGGACGAGCUGUCCUUCCGUGAGGGAGACGCCAUCACCAUCCUUCGGCGCAAGGAUGACAGUGAGACGGAGUGGUGGUGGGGCCGGCUGAACGACGCGGAGGGAUACGUACCGCGCAACCUGCUGGGGUUAUAUCCCCGGAUUAAACCACGGCAGCGCUCCCUGGCAUAACGCCCCUCCCCCCAUGCCAACCUCUCCCCUCCCUAACUCCUAAACCUCAGACGGCACCCGGACCCUGGCCCUUCCCAAACCAUCCCGUUUGCUGGAGCCACGGGGCAGUAGUGAGGCAGUGAUCUCUCCCGGUCUCUGAAACCCCUCAGCACAAACGAUUCGGGGAUCUCGACCGGCCAUCCAGGGCUCCGCCACUCCUCUGCGUCUCAGGACCGCUGCUCGCUCCAGCCUCUAAAUGAACAGCUCUUCUGGGAAUUUGCGACUGCUCCCAGCUCCAGCAGAAGCGGAAGGAGCACAGCAGCAGAGCAUCGGAGUGUUUUUGUUUUGCUGUGUAUAUUGGGUCGGCCGGGGACCGGGUGGCGACACGACGGACAAUCGGACAAUCGCUCGCUCCCUCGUCACGAGGGUGACCCCUUGAGGCAUGGAGAUGGGGGUGGGAACGGGGAC